UUUAAUUGAAAUUUACACUUAUUUUUCAGGCACAUGUUUAGGCAGGCGCGGUAGGAGGGUCUUGACGUCAUUUAUUUUGGCAGCUAGUUGGAUUGAGUGGUCCCUUUAGUACCUUAACAAGACAAAGUCAACCGUUUUUAUAUUAUCUCAUACAUAGCAAGGAUGUCAUCGCCUCUGUCAAAGCCCCAGAUUAUUGCUCAUAUUCAGAAGAGUUUGAACUACACAGUUUUCGACAGCAAAUGGAUCCCCUGCAGCGCGAAGUUUGUCUGCCUGGGGAACUUUCCUAGAGGAACCGGAGUAAUGCAAAUAUAUGAAGCGCUGCACGGAGAGGCUCAGCUAAUCAAAGAGAUAGAGAAACCCAAACCCAUUAAGUGUGGGACCUUUGGGGCCACCUCUCUUCAACAAAGACACAUAGCAACUGGAGAUUUUGAUGGAAAUCUCAAUAUAUGGAAUCUGGAGGUGCCUGAAGUGCCAGUGUACACUGUAAAGGCCCACAAAGAGAUAGUGAAUAGUAUUGAUGGUGUUGGUGGCCUGGGGAUUGGCGAUGGUGCGCCUGAGAUAGUCACUGGAAGCAGAGACGGGACAGUGAAGGUGUGGGAUCCCAGACAGAAGGAUUCACCUGUAGCCAACAUGGAGCCUGUGGAAGGAGAAACCAAGAGGGACUGCUGGACUGUUGCGUUUGGUCAUGCGUUCAAUGAUCAGGACCGUUGUGUGUGUGCUGGCUAUGACAACGGGGACAUCAAACUCUUUGACCUGCGGAAUAUGUCGCUACGAUGGGAAACCAACAUUAAAAACGGGGUAUGCUGCUUGGAGUUUGACAGGAAAGACAUCAACAUGAACAAGCUGGUGGCCACCUCACUGGAGGGAAAAUUCCACAUCUUUGACAUGAGGACUCAGCACCAAACCAAGGGCUUCGCCUCCGUUUCCGAAAAGGCUCAUAAGUCGACCAUCUGGCAGGUGAGGCAUUUGCCACAAAACAGAGAUGUCUUCAUGACCGCUGGGGGAGCAGGCAACUUACAUCUAUGGAAGUACGAGUAUCCAGCUCAGAGAAGCAAGAAGGACUCCGAUGGGGUGGAUGUGGGUGUAGCUGGCUCAGUCAACCUACUACAGAACGUCACUCUGUCCACUCAGCCAAUCGCCAGCCUGGACUGGAGCCCCGACAAGCAGGGCCUGUGUGUGUGUUCGGGCUUUGACCAGUGUGUCCGCGUGCUCAUUGUCACCAAACUCAACAUGGUGUGACAAAGUAACCUGCUGAUGAAGAUCUGUGCAGCCUGAUACAAAAUGAGACAACUACAGAGACACUGCGAUCACUGCCUUUGUGAGAGGCCAAACUGUUUUAUUAGAAGGCAACAAAACAAAUUUCCUACUGCAGGUUGGAGGCUGUCUAUCCAAAAUUUUGUACAACUGGUACUUAUCUUAACACUUAUGUUUGCAGAAAACCAAUUAACUCAAAUGAACUGGGAAAUUCUUUGUUGCAGUUAUGUUGUUUUGGCUUUGUUAAAUGUUAUCCCUGAAAAAUGUGCUUCACUGAGCCCUGCAGGCAAUGUUACCCUGUAGUGCAGAUAAAUACCCCCACAGCACAAUGAUACAUUUCCUGGUUCAUCAGAAAACUUCUACUGGGAGGAAGACAUGAGACAUACAGUCUCAGGCUGGAAACACUUUGGGGAUCAAGAUUUCAUUUCUUUGUUUCCGUUUUUUGUAGGAUGCUCACUCGAACACGUCUUUUGUUGCACUACUGGUGAACACUGCUGUGCUCCAGUUCUGAGUAUUGUGAAAGUUGUCACUUUUGAUAUGUCAUUUUUAUUGAGAAUUCUUUGUUUUCAAAUUAAAUGUCCCUUUGGAGAAAA